AUGGCAGCAAUUGCAUCCGUUAUUAAUCGGGGUGGUCGGUACAAUCAGCAGCAGCCUUUGGAUAUUUCAAAGGGAAUCGACACAAACACCCAAGCUAAGGGCGAUUUUUCAGUACCAUCAGCCCCCGCUCUUGUGCGUCAAUACACGUCCUCCAAAAUCGCUCAGCCUCAGACAAUUCCUUCAAUAUACCAACCGCUUCCUGCAGCAUAUCAGCCAAUUCCUUCAUCUUAUCAGCCAAGUUAUCAAAAUUAUCAUCAGCAACCUUCAAGAGGAGGACUAUAUCAACAUUCUGGCUCAACUCAGAUUCUUUGGCAGAGCAAUCCGUAUCAAUUUGGGGAUACACCAAGUGGUCAUUAUUAUCCGUCAAUUUCUAACAAUUGGUCAUACGGAAGCUUACAGCGUGGAGAUAUAGGAUUGCCAUCAUCUUUGUCUACAACCCAACUUCCUUCAUUAAUCAACUCUAACCGAAAAAUGAUUGAUGUCCUGGCUCCGGGUCGAGGAGGCCAGCCUUCGAUCGAUGCACAAACAAGUUCAUUGACAUCAGCUUCAUCGGUCACUACACUUGGCGGUAGCGUGUUGGUGGGUGGUCAGCCAAUUACAGGAGCAUCCGGAGGUGGGGCUCGUGGGGCCUCACUGGCUGGUUCUGUAUCGCUUGCGACGCUUCCCGUUACUUCAACUUCACAACACACAUCUCAACAACGAGACAAGAUGGCUAAAUCGCCUUCUGAUGAAUCACUCAGAUCUCACACAUCGUCUUCCGGAGGAAGUGGUGGAGCAAACGGGGGUACGGGAGGCAGCAGUGCCGGAUCAGGCAACAAAGGGUUCCUACCUGAAGAAGCGGUUGCCACUUUUGGAUCAAAACUUGCCCCAUAUGAACAAAACGAAAUCUUUCAAUAUGUGAGGGUUUAUUUUGUCGGCUCACAGGCGAAAAAACGAGGCGGAAUAAUUGGAGGAGCUCAAAACUCGGGUUAUGACGAUGAAAAUGGAUCCUAUCUCCUGGUGGCUCACGAUCAUGUUGCUUAUCGGUAUGAAGUCUUAAAAGUGAUUGGAAAAGGAUCAUUUGGACAAGUUAUCAAAGCCUACGAUCACAAAUAUCAACAGUACGUUGCUUUGAAGUUGGUUCGCAAUGAAAAGCGUUUUCACAGACAAGCUGACGAAGAAAUACGGAUACUGGAUCACUUACGUCGACAAGACACGGAUGGUUCACACAACAUUAUUCACAUGCUUGAUUACUUUAAUUUUCGGAAUCACAAGUGCAUUACCUUCGAAUUGCUGAACAUCAACCUCUAUGAACUGAUUAAAAAGAAUAAAUUUCAAGGAUUCAGCUUACAUUUGGUUCGGAAGUUUGCCUAUAGUAUGCUUCAAUGCCUCGAUUUGCUAAACAAAAAUCGUUUGAUACAUUGUGACUUGAAGCCGGAAAACGUUUUACUGAAGCAACAAGGACGGAGUGGAAUCAAAGUGAUCGAUUUUGGCUCAUCAUGCUUUGAUGAUCAGCGAAUAUAUACUUACAUCCAAUCCCGUUUUUACCGAGCACCAGAAGUGAUCCUUGGAUCAAAAUAUGGAAUGCCAAUUGAUAUGUGGUCACUUGGAUGUAUUUUGUGCGAGCUACUCACCGGGUAUCCACUUCUUCCCGGUGAAGAUGAAAAUGAUCAACUUGCGUUGAUCAUUGAACUGCUUGGAAUGCCUCCACCAAAAGUUUUGGAAAAUGCAAAGCGAUCGAGAACAUUUAUCUCAUCAAAGGGUUAUCCUCGAUAUUGCAAUGUUACGCUUUCUCCGGAGGGACAAGUCGUGCUCUCUGGUGCUAGGAGUAAGAGAGGCAAAAUGAGAGGUCCACCUGCAACAAGAACAUGGACACAAGCUCUGAAGAAUCAGGGUGACGAGCUGUUCAUCGAUUUUGUGAAACGGAUCAAGGAAACGAUGCUGCAAUCAGCAUGUCAUCAACGUUCUCAGCAAACGCAAGUCUUCUAUCCGGCUCUACUUCAACUCUUCGUUCGAACUCGACUUUUGCGCCCAAACCUUCACAAACCAUGUUGGGCAACUAAAAGAAUGAGUUCACGU